AUGGUUCACACAGUUCGAGAUUAUCUACUAAAUGACUUGAAUAAUAUAUCUCGCAAAACCACUCAAUCCAUAAGUCAACAAAUUGUCGACACUUACAAAAAGAGCUUCAUAACAAAAAUUGCAAAUCAGAGUACGGAUGGUCAAGUGGAAUCUCUCAGACAAUCCAUUUAUUUCGCAGCACAGUAUCUCAACGGUCAAUCCGGAGAUGGUAAUGAAAAAUUUGAUAAUCUAGAUGACGAUUUAACUAUUGACAAGCCCAAAGUUCAGGAUGAGUAUGGGUGCGUCGCUUAUUUGCCAGCUCAACCCAAACCCGACGUCUUGGCGUCAUUAGAAGAGCAAAGAUUGAAAUUGAUUCAGAUUUUCAAGUCUAAGAGAGAUGUCGAUGAAGAAAUAAUUGAGUUAAUGGACGCGUGUUAUUAUUUUCAGCGAAAAAAAAUUCAUACAGAAAAGGAGUUAUCGAUAAUCUUUGAACACUGGUCUUACUUUCAUUAUAGUAAAUUGAUUAUAAAGCACGCCAAUCAACUACUUGGAAAAAAUAUUAAUUCCAUAUGGAAGUUAUCAUUAAAAAAACUAUCUAAGCCCAUCAAUCGUUAUUCAAAAAAUGGAGAAAUAGCUCGUGAAGUGACCGCUAACAAAAAAAAGAGUAAAGCUGAUGCUGAUACAGAAGCAGAAAGUAAAUACGUUCGCAACACAUUAAAAUUAGCUCAACAGUACAGCGAUAACUUGAAAAAUGAUGAGCCAUAUGAAGCAGUUGUUUUUGCCUUUAUUACAAAGUUCAUGAAAGAAAAUUUAAAUUUUUUUUAUGUUUUAACAAGUGAAGAAUUGACUGACGAAGAAUUAUUGGAACGUGUACCUGUUGCUAAUCCAGUUUUGAUGAUUAGAGGUAUGUAACAUUUGUAUACUCAUGUAA